AUGGAAAAUCUUCAGCGGCGCCUUCGACUUUCGCCUCAACCGGCAAAUGCUCAAGAUAUGCAGAUACAAUUGAGGCGGAAUUCCCAAUGCCAUCAGCAGCAGCCUUCGUCUACACAAUACCAGUGUAUCGUUACUGCAGGUGAACGGGUAGAAGUCGAGACCAGACCGGAUAUUUUACCCGCCAAGCAAGCUGGCACAGUAAAUAACGAUGUUCCCCGUCUCGGUUAUCCGUCGACAAAGCAGUUCGUAUUUGUUUCAGAUUCGUACUGCUGGGAAGCCUGGUCUCAACCGUUAGGCGGCCCAAGUAGUCAGCAGCUAGCAGCGCGACACGUUGUUCCCAAAGAACUUCCAACCUUUUCGGGCGAUCCGGUUGAUUGGCCUCUUUUCAUGAGUAGCUUCCAAAGUUCUACAGAAAUGUGUGGAUUUUCCGAUGGAGAGAACAUGAUGCGUCUUCAACGAUGUCUGCGAGGAAAUGCUAUGGAGGCCGUUAGAAGUUACUUGCUGACCCCCUCAUCUGUUCCUAUCGUGAUUGAUACCUUGAAGACAAUAUAUGGUAAACCAGAGUUGAUAAUAAAUUCUCUAUUAUGCAGAAUUCGUGGUAUGCCUUCUCCAAGACCGGAGAAACUGGAAACUUUGAUUAGCUUUGGUCUAGCGUGCCAGAAUUUUAGUGCACAUUUACAAGCCGCGGGACAGUUAGCACAUCUUGCGAACUCAUCUCUACUACAAGAGCUAAUUGAAAAACUUCCAGCUAAUCUGAAACUUGAUUGGGCAAUUUAUAAGCGUAAUUUUCCUGUAGUUGAUCUCGCCACAUUCGGAAAUUAUAUGGCAAAUAUAGUGUCAGCCGCUAGCGAUGUUACAUUUACGCACGUGGUGGACAGCUCGCAAGUAGCAAAGACGGAUAAAAGGCAACACAAAGAGAGGAUGUUUGUUAACAUGCAUGCCAUAGAAGACGCAAGAAAAGGAGAGGUUAAACGUGAAUCAAAUAAUGUGGCGGUCAAACGAGUCGUGAAGCCGUGCCCGAUUUGUGAAGAAAUGGGACAUAAAACAAAAGAGUGUGAACUUUUUCGAGGCAUGACCUUGUCUGAUCGUUGGAAAGUGGUACAAGAACACCAUUUAUGUCGACGGUGUUUGAUGUUUCAUGGGAAAUUUCCUUGUAAAGCAUCGGUUUGCGGCUGUAACGGUUGUGAGGAACGUCAUCAUUGGUUAUUGCACCCUGGACGACCAGAAUCAGCAUUGGAAAUCAGCUUUACUCCGAGAACAAACAACACAAUAGCGAUUCAUCGACAAAUAGAGCCCGCUGUGCUUUUUAAGAUAGUUCCGGUUACCCUAUAUGGGAAAAAUAAAUUUAUCAACACCUACGCCUUUCUAGAUGAUGGUUCAUCAACGACCUUAAUGGAUUCAAGAAUCGCUGAAGAUUUAGGAUUGGCAGGUGACGUGCAUCCACUUUGUCUUCAAUGGACCAGUAAUAUAGAGCGUAUCGAAAAUAAUUCACGACUAGUGAGUUUGAGCAUCACCGGAAUAAAAGCCCAAAAGCGGUACGAAAUGAAGGAAGUACACACUGUAAGCAACCUCAAUUUACCAGUACAAACACUAGCGGUUGAAAACCUAUCCAGGAAGUACCGUCAUCUUCAAGGAUUGCCGAUCAGUAGCUAUGCGAAAGUGUCGCCUAGCAUUCUCAUUGGUUUGGACAACUCCUACUUGAAAGCCGUUCUCAAACUUCGAGAAGGUAAUGAACAUGAACCGAUUGCGGCCAAAACCAGGCUUGGCUGGACAAUAUAUGGAAAAUUUUCAGAAGUUACUCCUGAUGCACACCGGCAGUUGCAUGUCUGUGCUCGAACACCAGAUCAAGAGCUCCAUGAUUUAGUGAAACGAUUUUUUUCUGUAGAGAGCGUUGGUGUAUCAAUUGCUCCAAUUUUAGAAGGCGAAGAAGAUAAACGUGCUAGGCAAAUAUUAAUCCAAACGACAAUACGUACCGCAUCCGGCCGUUUUCAGACAGGGUUGUUAUGGAAGCAUGAUUACGUUGAGUUCAAUGACAGUAGACCCAUGGCAGAGCGCAGACUUAGUUGCUUGGAACGUAGAUUAUCAGCAAAUCCAGAGCUAUACAAGAAAAUAAAGUCACUUAUCAAUGAUUACCAACGCAAGGGCUAUGCUCAUAAAGCGACUAAUGACGAACUACAAUCCGCUGAUCCUAAGAGAGUAUGGUAUUUACCUCUAAGUGUAGUCGUAAAUCCUCGUAAGCUAGGGAAGGUGCGGCUGGUUUGGGAUGCCGCAGCAAAAGUUGGAAAUCAAUCUUUUAACUCAAUGCUGCUUCCAGGUCCGGAUCUGCUCACUUCUCUUCCAUCAGUGUUGUACAGAUAUAGGCAACGACAGGUGGCAUUAAGCGCGGACAUUAAAGAAAUGUUCCACCAGGUGCAGAUAAGGCCGGAAGACCGACAAGCGCAGCGGUUUUUGUGGAGAGAUGAUCCGAAACAUCCAUCAGAGGUAUUCGUCAUGGAUGUAGCGACUUUCGGUGCUACUUGCUCGCCAUGCGCAGCUCAAUUUGUUAAAAACAAGAAUGCAGAGGAGCACGCCGAACAAUUUCCUCAAGCAGCAAACGCUAUCAUUCACAACCAUUAUGUAGAUGAUUAUCUAGAUAGCGUGGAUACCGUUGACGAGGCUGUAAAAUUGGCCAAUCAGGUUAAAUUUGUCCACUCCAAGGCUGGCUUUUAUAUACGAAAUUGGUUGUCGAAUUCCAGCGACGUUGUAUCAAGGAUCGGUGACAGCAAACCGGAACAAAUUAAAUCUUUCAAAUUUGACAAAAUACAAGAUUAUGAACGUGUGCUGGGAAUGAUCUGGAUACCAGAAGACGAUGUUUUUGUGUUCGACGGAGUUUUCAAACAAGAGAUUGAGCUAUUGCUCGACGGAAGUGUUAUUCCUACGAAACGACAGGUUUUACGGGUCGUCAUGAGUAUUUUUGAUCCCCUAGGAUUAGUUGCGCCCUUUGUGAUUCAUGGAAAAAUACUCGUUCAAAAUAUUUGGCGAUCUGGCAUUUCCUGGGAUGAUUGCAUUCCGGAUGUUUUAGUUCCUCAGUGGCAGCGUUGGACCAAUCUUCUGCAUCAACUGAAAGAGGUCCGUAUUUCCCGAUGCUAUUUCCCUAAAUAUGAUCCAGAAAGCUAUAACAGCAUCGAACUUCAUACGUUUGUAGAUGCCAGUGAAGAUGCGUAUGCAUGUGUUUCCUACUUCAGAAUGAUCGAUCGCGGAGAAGUUCGGUGUUCCCUAGUCGCAGCUAAGACGAAAGUAGCCCCAUUGAAGCCACUGUCCAUUCCUAAACUGGAACUGCAAGCAGCGGUCAUAGGAGCACGACUGGCGAAGUCUAUUGCUGAAAAUCAUACUCUUAAAAUAACAAACCGAGUUAUGUGGACUGACUCCCGUACGGUACUCUCCUGGCUUCGAUCCGAUGUGCGAAAAUACAAACAGUAUGUUGCGUUUCGGGUUUCUGAAAUCUUGGAUAUUACUUCAAUUGACGAGUGGCGUUGGACACCUUCCAAAAUGAAUGUCGCUGAUGAAGCCACAAAAUGGGGGAAAGGGCCCAAAAUCGAUGGCAGCAGUCGAUGGUUUAAAUCUCCAGAGAUCCUGAAUUGCCCUUCUGGAAGUUUGCCGGAACAGACUACAUCAUGGGCUGAAACUGCUGAAGAGCUACGUGCAGUUCACAUACAUCGCGGAAAACCUUUACUGCAACUAGUAAUUUUCGGAAGAUUUUCAAAAUGGGAAAGAUUGAUCAAUGCAGUCGCUUACGGGCACAGAUUCAUUGAUAUUCUGCAGCGUAAGGUACGUGGUAAAGCAAUCUACAAUACUAUGUGGCUGAACCGAGAAGAAAUAUUGACUGCAGAGAUAACAGUUUGGAAACAAAUGCAAUUUGAAGAGUAUGCUGACGAAAUUCUCACCAUAAAUGAAGAUCAGAAGGUCUCGCAAAAUGAGCGCGUAGGACUAGGCUCUGAUAGUAAGCUUUACAAGGUCUCGCCGUUCUUGGACGAUGACGGUGUUUUGCGUAUGGAGUCUAGGGUGGCAAAUGCCGAGCAUUUACCAUAUAAUCUCCGAUUUCCGAUCAUUCUCCCGAGAGAUCAUUACGGAACACGCCUUGUCGUCGAUUUUUAUCAUCGAAAAUACAAACACUACAACAACGAAACGGCGGUCAAUGAGAUGAAACAAAGAUAUCACGUAUCGAAGUUACGAAUGACCUUUAAAGUAGUUCAAAAGCAUUGCAUGUGGUGUAAAGUUUACAAGGCAAAACCUAAAAUUCCGAGAAUGGCCCCACUUCCUUUAGCGAGAUCUACACCGUAUGUUCGAGCUUUCAGCUAUACGGGACUGGAUUACUUUGGUCCACUUCUAAUCAGACAAGGUCGCAGUGAGGUGAAACGUUGGGUAGCACUUUUCACGUGCCUGACGAUUCGAGCGAUACAUUUAGAACCUGUAUCCAGUUUGUCCACCGAGUCCUGCAAAAUGGCAAUACGGCGGUUCGUGGCACGGAGGGGAGCACCGAUAGAAAUAUAUAGCGAUCAAGGUACAAAUUUCCUGGCAGCAAGUCGCGAGUUGUUGCAAGAGUAUCGAGAAAUCAAUCAGAAUUUGGCUGCUUCAUUCACAAAUGCGAUAACACAUUGGCGUUUCAAUCCUCCAUCUACACCACACAUGGGGGGGGGCUUGGGAACGUAUGGUUCGGUCUGUAAAAUGUGCGUUAGCUUCUUUAUCAACUAUACGCAAGCCAAACGAUGA